AUAUGGGAAACAGUUUACGGUGUUGUUUGGCUUGUGUACUUCCAUGUGGAUCUUUAGAUAUGAUCCGCAUCGUACAUCUCAACGGCCACGUAGACGAGAUCACUCGUCCAAUGACAGCCGGUGAGAUCCUUCAGGCGAACCCUAACCAUGUCUUAAGCAAACCAUGUUCUCAAGGAGUUGUACGUAAGAUCUUGAUCUUGUCUCCUGAGUCUGAGCUUAAGCGUGGAAGCAUCUAUUUUCUUAUACCGGAUACUUCCUUGCCGGAGAAGAAGAAAACAAAGAAGAAAAAAGAUCUUCGACUUCAGAAAAAGACUCUUGGAAACGCCAAUGACACCAAUAGUGGUCAGAUGGUGAGUGGUACUAAUAAGGACCUUGAUCAGACGUUGUGUGAGAAGUAUUUGAAGGAUGUUAUGUUGUCAUCAUCGCAAAAGAGUUGUCCGGCCGGUAAAGAGAAUCGUCACCGUCGAAGACAUAGUCGGUCGGCAUCGGUGUCCAUGUGGCAGCCUCACCUGGAUAGCAUCUCUGAGGAUAAUAUUAACUAGUGUUUAAUGUUUUCAUUCUUCGUUAUUUCUUUAUUCUUAUUUCUUAUUAGAUCGGAAACAGGAUCUUAUUAACAUCCCCGGAGGAAAUAUUUUCAUUUAAAAAAAAAAUUAUAUUGGUGAUGAAGUUCAAAAAAACAUCUGUAAGGUACUAAUCUAUGUUAAAU